AUGUUCUGCAAAAUCGUCGCUUUGUGCGCCUUCGCGGCUGUAGCCCAGGCCGGUCUCCUGGUUGAGCCGCACUACUCCUCGGCUGCCGCCGUCUCCUCGCAGAGCAUCGUGCACCACGACCAGCCCCAGCUGGCCCACAAGCUGGUGGCUGCCCCCGUCGCCUACCACGCCGCUCCCGCUCAUGUCGCCUACCACGCCGCUCCCGCUCCCGUCACGUACCACGCCUCUCCCGCUCAUGUUGCCUACCACGCUGCUCCUGCUGCCGUCCACUAUUCUGCCCCUAUCGCUAAAGUAGUAGCCCAUCAUGAGGAAGAAAUCGCUCAUCCCAAAUACGAGUACACUUACUCCGUGGCUGACGACCACACCGGCGACAACAAGUCCCAGCAGGAGACCCGCGACGGAGAUGUCGUGAAGGGCUCUUACUCUUUCCAUGAGGCUGACGGUUCCAUCCGCACCGUGGAGUACACCGCUGAUGACCACAACGGCUUCAGCGCGGUGGUGCACAACACCGCCCCCACGCACGCCCCCGUCGUGGUCAAGGCUGCUCCCGUCUAUGCCGCUCCCGCCUACUACCACCACUAAGUUACACGUUGAAAUUUAUACCAAAGAGGAAUACUGGCAGCAGUUAGUUGUUGACUAUUGAUUUAUUUAUUUCAUGCAAUG